GUAUCCGUGUGAACUCGGUCUCUAGUCGUACUACCUACCCGGAGUUCUACAUCUACUAAAGGCAGGCGCUUGAUAAAUCAGCGUAUAGGCUAGGUACCUACCUACAGAAUAGAAAUCUAGCAAGUCUCGUAAAGUCAAGAGGUGUGAAUUCCGGGGUGCUUCUAAAAGCAUCAUACCGUUGUGGUCAUGAUGAUUAUUUCUUUUUUGUAUUUGUCUCCAGGGCUAUGGACCGGAUCAUCGGUGAUGCAAAAUCUAGGUAAGGUAAGGUGGAAUCAGCUCUCUCUCUCUCUCUUUGUUUGGCAACGAGAGGUGGGCUCGAGUUCAACGCUAUUUGAUAUGCGAGGCUUCCAUGUGUGUUUUUUUCUUUGGGCCAAAAAAUCGCAUCAUUCUACCACCUCCCUUGCGUGGAUAUCGUCAUUGUCGUCAUCAUCAUCAUCAGAUCUUUCGUUCCCCCCUUUAGCCUUUGUUGCCUUAGGCGGCGUAGCUAAAUAACUAUCUGCCAUUGCUAUUGGUGGGUAGUCUGUCUUCGAUCGGUUUAAAGCUGCAACGGGGAGGAAUAAAAAGCGCGCGCGACUUGAGUUUGGGGCUCGGGUGAGGAUAUGCUUAAUGCGAACCGCCUCGCAAAGUCAGGACCAGAUGUAGCGUGGCGUCAGGGACAAUGCCUCCUUCAGCCAUGGUCACCUGGUCAUGUAAUUGCUUUCCACCGUAAAUAAGUCGCUGCUGGUCAGGUGUGAUACCCUCCUUCUCCUCGACCUUCUUCUUGACAUCCUCGAUCUAGAGAGAUGUCAAUGUUAGCGCUUUGUCUGGCUGGCCAAGAGUUUGUUGACUAUCCAAGGGUAAUAUUCUAGGUUAACUAGUAGCGCACUGAAGCUAGCGGCCACUGCUCAAGGUAGAAGGCGGGUGUAAGGGUAUUAUAUUGAGAGCUUAGCUUACCUUGGAGGUGGGCUCAACGUCGA